UGAGGGAAAAAAAUCUGAAAUUCUUAAUUCUGACUUUUUUUCCCUCUGAAUUAUGUCUUUUUAUCUCAUAAGAUUAAAUAAGCCCCUCAAAUAAUAAUAAAAAGUCAGAAUGCUGAGAAAAAAUCUAAACCUCUUCUGUACAUCACAGCUAACUCGCACUUUUUAACUAAAGUAUCAACAAAACAAUUUUCCCUUUCAUGAGAGUCAUCCAUCUCCAUCCUCCCCCUCUCAGGACGACCUGCUGAACUCCUCCUGGGUUCCUCUCCCGUGCUGCUCUGUCUAAGCUUGCCCCAGAUUUAAACUAUGCUCGACAUGCUCUGACUCUGCAACGACUCUGGAUGGUUAUGCAGGUUCUUAGUCACUCAAGUCAGAGUAAUCCCAGGUGUUUGAGCCAGAUUAGCUGGAAUUCUUCUCUUCUGAAAUCUGUGACUUAUUUGACUUCCGAUCAGAGCUGAAAAUUAGCAUCUGACUUUUUAAACCAAAACGGCUCCAGACGUAUCGUGUCUGAAAUUGGUUUUAAACCGUGAGGUUAAUUUUAUUGGUGCAGCUGGUAGAGCUGUUGCCUGGCAGCAGGUUUUAAAUCCCGGCUUGGGGUCUUUCACCAUGGAGUUUGCAUGUUCUCCCCUUACAAUCUGUCUUUUGGGGGAAAAAGCUUAGCACCUCAGGUACAUUUCAACCUUAUAAACUCUUGGGUUUCGUCACGGAUUUUGCAAAUUUACUUUUGCAAUCAGGUUUCUUGCGAUCUUGCUUUUAUAGGAUGCUUUUUAUAUGUUGAUAACUGUUUAUUUUUAUCUAUGUAGUUUUUUCUAAAAGUCUCUUCAGUGACAAAACCCCCAGUUUUUUAAAUUGCCUUUGUGGUAUUAAAUAGAAGAGAAAGACCAGAUUUUUAGAUAUUAUUCAGUCAUUUACUGGUGCAGCCGCUAGUGGUCCUGGUGAUUAGUGAAAUUUAUAACUGCAUUGUAAGUUGCAAAUAAAAGAAAAAGAAGAGAGAAAACAAUCAAACUUCUUACAUGAUUAGUUUGGACUUUCUGUGUCCAAAGAAUAACAAAUGCAGCCUGAUCAGAAGUGAAGGUUAGAAAAAGAGACAAGAAUAAAUUUCUCCAAAUCUGAACUGUUUUGUAAAUUAGAUAUUUUCAAUUCCAACUUGUUACAAACAGGUUGGUAACAAACCAACCUAACUUUCCUAGCGUUUUUUUGCUUUCCUAGCGUUUAAUUCAACAGGAACAUCAGGAGGACAUGCAUCACACACAUCUUUUAGAAAUAUCAUCUUAUCCACGUAGAUUAGAUCUCUAUAACAUUUUUAUGAAACUACAACUGGGAGUUUAAACAGUCCCAAAGGCUUAAUACAGACACACAACUGUACCUGAAACCCCGUUUUGUCAAAUGAUUCAACACUGUUAGUCAAAACUGAAUCCAGUCAUUGCUUUGGAAAUGAAUAGCGAAGCUCCCCCCGUCUGCCGCUGUCAGUCAGUCAGUCACACGUUUGGUGAAAGAUGUGGUUAGAUAAAGAUCACUCUCCGUGGGAAAAUCUGUGGUGUUAGAAACAGAUGCAACCGAUGAAACUGUAAGACUACUAAUGCUUCAUUUUGAUUCUUUUUCUUCUUCUUCUUUAAAUCCAGAGAACGAUGAUGAUGAAGCCACAUCUAUCUUCAGAUGCAGAUCAAGCUGCACCUGUCACAAAUGUUGACAUGCAAGCAGCAGGAAAGAAAAAAGUGUAAUUUCUAUAUCCAUGGUAACCAGCACAUCAACUGCUUGCUGCAUUGCCAGUUUGUUUGAGCCCUGAGGUACUCCAAACAUUACAGUGUCCUUCCUCUAAUGGACAAAGGACACUGGGGGGUGUCGCUAUGGAGACAGUCAAAAACAAAAACACAACCAUUUCCUAUUUGAAGCUGUACACGCUCUGUGUGAACAUAUAGGUGUAAAUAAUCUAUGGUAGAGGAUGAAUACUGUAAAGUAAAGCGCAGGUAUUGCUGUUUAAUUUAGGCAGGAACAGGAAGUCACACUUAGCUAACAGAUCUGCUGUGCCGCCUCCGUGUUUCUGACACUUCUCUCAACUGGCUGCAUUUUCCAAAACAACCUUUAUGUUAAAUUUAAAAAGUUAUUCUAAUCUCCAUCAAACACUGUAAAAGAAAUAAAAUGUAUUGUAGCGCGUUGAGGUAAACAUAAAUGUUCUUCUCUGAAGAAAGAAAGGAAGCAGGUCAGUAUGGGUCGACAUAAUCCAGAUUGUUAUUCAUGUUAUUUUUUUAAAGAAGAUUGCCAAUAAUAGAUGUUGAUGGGUUCUUUCCUGGCCACGUUAAAGGAAGGAAAUCCUGGCAAAACAACUAAUGUGACAACCAGAACAUGGAGGAAAUGUACUUAGCGUUCUUAACAGCUUUAAAACACACUUUAAAUAGAAAAACAUCAGAAUUUCCUGUCAUUUUACUCCUAAAAUGCUUUCCUCUCUUGGCAUGGUUAUGGAAACUUCUAACAUCAACUUGUGUAUAUUCGCAGUUUUAUUUGACUGAGGAGAUAAAAUAUGAAGGUGCAGAGGGGGAAAAAAGUCAUUACAAUCUUCAUGAUAAACCCAGCAGGAAGAACACAGUUCUUGGCAUUAAACUUAGCCUUGUUUUUAGUUUUGACAGUCUGACCUCAGCAUUAGCUCUUUAGUUUUUAAAUAAAUACAAGCUUAAGCACAGAACAGAAUACCUUCAACAGUGAGGGAGGCUGGGUUUUUUUUCUUCUUUUUUAAUCAUUUGGGUUAAUUUAGUCAUCAGAUACGGAGAAUGGCGUCUCCAUGGACACCAGACAUGCGCCUGGUUUGAAAGCAUUACUCAGCGUUUUUCAGCAGUUUCUGCUGUGACUCCUCCGGUGCCGGUAUCUGGUUGAGGAGCAGAGGGUGGGAGAAUGGGGAAGGAAGGAGCAGAGAGAGGAAGAGAAACACAUGUGUUAUGAAAAUCUUAACACUGGAGCAAUGGGCCYGAGUUCAUCGCUGGAAAGCUUUCUGUUGUUCCUCUGGAUUUCAGGGAUCUGUGGUGGACCGGCCCAGGCUCAGCUCAUGAAGAAAGAUAACUGCACCAACUACGAGCUCGUGUUUGAACGGGUGUUCUCUGUGCCCGGGGAUGCGGCCAUGCUCUACAGCACCCUGCUGCGCCUGGACGUCUUUAACUUCACCGCCGUCCCGUUCAACAUCACCUGGUUCAGCACAAAGACGGGACAGGAGAUGAGAAACGAGACCGGUCGGAUUCUGGUGCUCCAGGAGACACUUUGGUUCCUCAACACCACUCUGGACGACGAUGGGGAAUACCUCGCCAUAGUGCGAACUCCUUCUCAGUGCUACAUGCAGUCCAUUAGGCUGGUGAUAAAUCUGCCAGAGGCUGGAGAGUGUGGAAGGCCACAGAAAGCGUAUACAUCUCUCACAAAAGAUGUGGCUGACGGAGUGAACUGCCUUCUGGGGGAUUAUGUUGAGAAACUGGACAGCUAUGGCAUCAGCUCCUCUGUCACAUGGUACAAAGGCUGUGAUCCCAUACUGGACUCAGGCAGCCAAACCUUCCAGGACAGGAACAAGCUGGUCUUCCACAAGGUGAAAACUGAAGACGACGGCAUUUACACCUGCACUCUGACCUUUACCCUCGAUGGCGUGACAGUAACCGUGUCGGAGACCACCGAAGCAACGGUAGACGAUAAAUACUCCCUCGUUCCACAAGUUCAUAAGCCGGAAAAUGAAAUUAUCAAGGAGGCAAAAGGGUCAAAUUUCACAAAGAGUUGUCUGGUGUUUGUUCCCGGUGCUGGGAUACCGUUCGUUGACGUCAUUUGGUUGGUCGAAAAUGAGGUCAUGUUUGAUUCUGAGCCGUCUGACCGCAUCUACACAUCAGACCWGCGUUUGUGGACCCAAGAUGAACCAAAGGGUGUGUGGUUGGAGCGGCUGCUUCUCUUCUCCGAACUGAAGGAGGAGGAUUUCUACCUCAACUACACCUGCAGGGUCUUCAGUUCCCGGGGUUAUCCGGACGGAUACUUUACUUUGAUACCAGCAGAUCCGAACAUCAUCCUUCCCAUCGGUUUAGUGUUUGGUGGAGUGACUGUUCUCUUCGUCAUCAGCAUCACCGUCUACUACAUCUUCAGGACAGACAUUGUGCUGUGCUUCAGGAGAGCGUUUCCAGUCCUUUAUACAAAUAAAGAUCUUGAUGGCAAGCUGUAUGAUGCUUAUGUGGCAUACCCCAAUCCUGGUGCCUUUGGGUUCAGUGAGGAAGUGGAGAAGUUCGCCCUGCAGACGUUGCCUGAAGUGUUGGAACAGGCCUGUGGCUACAAACUGUUCAUAGCGGGCCGUGACUGCCUGCCGGGGCAGGCCAUCGUGGACUCUGUGGAUGAGAACCUUCAGGCUAGUCGUCGUGUUCUCCUGCUCUACACCGCUUCCACUUUCAUUAAAAAGAGGCACACGAGCAGCACCAGCAGUAACAACAACAACAUUACGAAGAUUAGCGAGGAWGUUGAUAAAAUCGAAAGCAGGACCAGCGAGGGCAAUGGCAGCGUGGGUUUUGGUGGUGACGACAAAGCAUUUUCGGACGCAAGGCAGCAUCUGGAAUGUGUGGCAUCCAUGAACAGAGCGCUGCUGGAGGGCUCCUUAAAGGUCAUUCUGGUGGAGCUGGAGGAGAUCACCCCGGCCCAGCUGGCCCUCUUCCCUGAGUCGGUUCGCCACCUGAGGAAGAAACAGGGCGCCGUGUGCUGGUGGAAGUCUCUCCGAACGAGGCAGAAAUGGAGGACAUGGAGAGAAGACGAGGAGAGACGUGGAAAGGACUCACAAGUGUCACCAUCCCUCUCUCCUUCCUCCAGGUUUUGGAAAGAAAUUAGGUAUCAUAUGCCAGUCAGAGGCAAGAGGGCGGCUUAUCCAGAGAAAACUGCCUUGUUGAACUUAUGACCCAAAUGGUCAGAGGCCAUUUUUGCCACUUCUUGUCAGUUAAAGGUCCAGUGUUGUGCAACAUGUACUGAAAUCGAAGAAACCUCAAAACCAUCUGAUGUGUACAGCAUGACAGCUACCCAACGCUUCCUGAAAACAAGUGUUGGAAUUAUUUUCUAAGGGUUUAUGUAAAUUGAUGUAAAUACAAUUGUAAAAAUGAUGAAAAUAUUUGUACAUAUUUGGUCUUGUUUUUAUGGUUGUAUAGAGAAAAUGAAAGCUGUGAGUUUUUUGUACACUAAAAAUGUAAAUAUAAGCCAUUUGCAGAACAGUGAAAUGAUUAUCCAUCAAACUUUUAUUUUGGCAUUAUAGUUUUGUUUUAAAGGUUUUUAAAUAACAGAGAAGUUUAUCAAAAAUAAACUCAACAAUCAUUAUUAUUAACUUGUUUGUGGAUAAAGAUAUCAAAGCGA